CCAUGGAAUAUGGAUAUUGUUUCACUUUGAGGAAUUAGUUUCAACAGAAAAGAUUUUAGGAACAUGCAUCUGGUCUUUUGUGGAUGUGUGUAGAGCUGGGGGUUGGGGGAGAACUUAGGUUUCAUUGCCUUCCUAAAUUCUCACCUACUUUAUGUUAGGCAGUUUGGUAUAUUAUAUCACACUGAAUUCUAUUACCCUAUGAAAAGCACAUUUAUUUCACAGAUCAAAUGAAAACUCAGGUAAGUCAGAUGCCUUGUCUAAGAUCACCUGAGGGAGAGGGGCAAAACUAAGAUGUUCUUCCAAAGCAUGGUUCUCUCUGUGAUCCGUGAAGGCUAACAGUCAAAUAUAACAAAAAACAAAGGACGCUAUUUAGGAGCAAGGUCAGCCCCACAUAAAUAUGGUGGAAGGCUCCUUAACUGAGGGUCCUUUAAGUUCUUGGAAAAUUGUUCUCCCCACCCCUAGCUUAUGCUUCUAUGAACCUUCCCCAUGGAGGAUAGACACACUCUUUCCACUCACCUGCCACUUCCCCUACUGUGGAUUCUCAGUCAUUUGCUCACUCCCUGUUUUCUCCCUUGACUCCAGCCCCAGUCUCACCAUUGGUUGGGAAAGCUAGGAAGCUCCGCCUUUGAGUAGCUUGGGACUAUAUAAGACCUACCCCUGAGCGAAAAGACGUGGCAAGGCAGCUCAUCUCAGGUAGGCUCAGAGAGAGUACAGAUCGUGACUCAGGGGUGGCCUUGAGCAGUAGCCCAUGCUACCCUUUGCCAGGUCCUUUUGCCAUUUUCCGUGCCCUUAGGACCGUCCCGGGGGUCAGUGCCAGCAUUUGUAUUGUCAGUUCAGACACCAGGAAAUGCAGUGGGAAAUGAGUGAGGCAGAUGGUUGCAGCUGCUUGAAAGUCCUCCAGGUGUGGAGGAGCCAUGGGAGCCAUGUUGAAUCCAGGGAUGAGAAAGGGCUUAUGGAAAAAAAUGUCAGGUGGGCGUGAGGGGUUGACUACCAUUCACUCCCACCUCUUUUCUUCACCCACCCUUGAAAAUUUCCUUGAUAGAAAUAGAUGUAAGUCGCAUUUUAAUGACCCAACUUCUCUCCAGGACUCAAAAGUAUUAGAGAAUUAAUCAAUACUGCAUUACUAUGGUUUAAAUGGCCAAAAGAGAUGUAAACCAUAUUUUUAAAAAUUGGUUUCUCAUCCUCAAUUGGCAUAGCUUGUGGAGACCACUGCAGAUACCAUUGUAAAGUUCAGUCAAGUUAUAGUGGGGGUGGGGCAUGAAGCAUAUUAGGUAACCUUACUAGUAUCCACCUCUGUCCUCUUGCUUGGUCUAGAAGUAAGGAGAGGUCUGUAUAGCCCCGGCUGGUGUGUGCGUGUGUCUGUCUGUGUGUUGGGGGUGGGGGUGCCUCAUUUGUCCUCUACUAACCAAACGUACAUUUCCUCAGCAGGUUCUCUAGAUCUCUGUUUGCCCUGAAAGGUCAUGAAAAAAUUGCUUUUUAAUUUCUGUCUCCCAAGCAUUCUGUCUCGACUCUUAUUUCCUUUCUCUGAUGCCCAUAAUCUGCCUCUUCCCCAGCCCACAAAGAGGUACUUUGAUCUAUUUUCCUACUGGCUACUUAAGGGCAAUUCCUACAGGGUGGCUGUUAAAAGAGAAAAGCUCUUUAGGAGGAAGAACCAAGUUGUCCCCGAGUCUCCAAGAGCAAAAUCUCCCCAGCAUCACACCCAGGAUCAGGAGCCUUAAGUGCCAACCUCUAUUCCCCUUUUCUUUAUCCCUCCCAUGAAAGGUAUGUUUUGAGAUAUGUUGAACAGUGAUGGUGCUAUGGGGAUCCUAAGUGGGAGAGUUUUUCUCAGGCCUUUUGGGUGGUCCCAUGAUUCCUGAAACCUGGGCGUGGAGGGGCAGUAAUGUUCGGGAAGAUGGAGUGGGCUGGUUGUCUCAAGAGCCCCUCUUUCCUGGGUCCAAAGGACAGGGAACAUGGGGUGCAGUGACUGAGAGCCCCUCGCACACGCCCCCUUCUGCAUGGGUUUCCCUGCCCACGUCGUCACGUGAUCAGGGAGGCGGGGCGAGUGGCGCUCGCUGGGCUGUGGUCUCCCUGCUACCGACCAGGAGAUCCCUGCUCCCGCUGCACUGGAUCCUAGAAAGGCAUGCACAGGUUUGCUGGCUGUAAGAUGGAUGUGCGUGGACUUGUGUCACCCAUACCCAUCAUGGAAUUACUCUAAGGGGUUUACUAUGCUCUGGUGAAAGAAGGUGCGGUGGGACCCUGGUUGCAGCAAGAAGUGUUUAUAAUCCAAAGGAAAUUUUCUCAGGCACCUGUAGCCUGACCAAAGGUUCUUAAGUGUGCCUUCAAAUUUCAAAAUUAACCCUCCAAAUAUAGCUUCUGGUGGGGGAAAAAAGUUGUUUGUUUUUAACUUGUGAGAUGGAGAGAAAGUAUAAACACAUUUUUUUUUUCAAUAGUGCCCCCAAAGCACUGCUUAAACAGUCCUUCCUCAAUCAAGGCAACCAAAUGAAACCCAGCUGAUGACAGAAUGCAGUUCCGGCUGGUUAUCCUGAGUUUAGACCCCUGUCCGCGUUUAUUUAAAGAGAAAUUAGAUCCAGGCGUUUAUGCUUGGAUCCUAGGAUAGUUCUCGUUUUGGGGCUUGCUCUUGGCCUUCUCCUUCCUCCCCCCAAAUGUCAUUCACCUUUGUAACCCAUUCUUGUACAUUUCAGCAGUAUUAAUGUAACAGGAAAAGAGGUUGUUGAGCCAGGAGAGAGCUCCUUUUGUAAAAAAGCAGCAUGUGUGUUAUCAAAACAUGUGGAUUAUCGAAAAUAAAUUCACAGGUUAAAAGUUGGACCACAUGUUCUAUCUGAAAUCUCUUGUUUGAGAGAAGAGAGAAGUGUGUAAAUUAUCCCAUAAAUGAUAUAGGAAAAUGUAUCUUGAAAAGAGGGAAGAAACUUUUGAUUUCCUUAGUUAAAAGUCAGAAAGGAGCUGCCAGGUAUUGGGAACAGCUGUUACUGUGAGCCUUUUCUCUUGUUACUAUCCUGGUUUUUUCUCAGGAGUGUGAAUCCAGCUGCUCUAGAGUUUUGUUUUAUUGAUUGAUUUUUUUUUUAAGAUUUUUUUAUGUUGGUGGGCAAGGGAAGGGGGCAGUUUAUGUUUGAGACAAUCAGUAGACUACCAGGGACCUUAAUGAAAAUUUUGAAGCCCACUGAAUUAAGGAAAGACUAGUGCUUUAAAUAAUGUUUUCUUAGAGAAGAUGUAUUGGUGUAUGAAACGAUGUACAAUUCGGUGUAAGUGGCAUUCGGGUAUUUGAACUGGUUCCAAAUUGUCAUUGGUUGGUAAAUAAUCUCAAUAGGCUAUAUCCAAACUAUAUCAUGUUUGACAGAGUUUAACAAUUAUGUAUAAACCUGGCCCCACAUCGGUGGGGCACUUUAGUAAUAAGGCACGAAUGUACUUUAAUCUGUCAUGGAGAUGAGCUCGACAUUUCAAAGACUUAAACAGAGCUAGUUCUUGACUUCUUCUGCUUCUAAGAACCGAUCAGUUAGUAGAUGGCUGGGUUUGGAAGAGCUUAUGUCCUUUUGAUAGUAAACUCCUUGUCCAGGAUAUUCUGGAGUCUGCAUUUCAUCUGAAGUGAUUUUUAAAGAUAAAACAAAACUUCUCUUGCAUUGACAAAACUAGGCACAACCAUGGAAGAACUGGAAAGGCUCAGCAAAGAAAUUGAAUCCGUCAAGACUGAGGUUGAAGAAAAGCAGAAGAGCCUCUCCAAGCUUGCUUUAACACAUGAAGAGCCAUCACAAAGUCACAUGACCUCCUUCAGGAAUACAAAUAUGAGGCAAGAUUUUCUUGAAAAUCGCCCGCUUCCAAAGGAAGAGUGGCACGAGCCAUCAAAGAAUGAAGAAAGUCAGGCCAGAAAGUAUGUACUGGACCACAAAUGUCCAGCAACUGAUCUUGAAUAUGAUCCCUUACUGAAUUAUUCUGCAGAGCUGCUUGGGGCAUCGAAAGUGACACAGGCUGAGCCUGAUGAACACCAAGUCUGCCGCUUGAAAAAAUCUGUGGAUGAGAAUCGCCACAUGUCCCAGGAGAGCCAAAGGCCUCAUGUUUCACCAAUAAGAAUUACAAUAAAUCUUCAAGAAUCUGAUGAAGAUGACCUUGUAAUAGAUGUACCUCCAAUCGUGCCUACUUCUAAGAAACAUAAACCAUUGAGAGGCUUCAAAUAUCAGAAUAUGGAUGAAAGGGUACCUAUAAUGUCCCCAGAGGAGAGGAGUCUUCAAAUUACUGGCACAGAAGAGGAAAAAAUCGAUAAAACCCAACUAACCACACAAGUAGAUGAUGACAAUAACAAAUUAGAACCACCAGUAUCGCUCACGCAUAGCUCACUAGAUACUAAAAGUAACGUAAACUUGAAUCGUGCUAAAAACCACCUCCCUAAGAUGGGAAGCUGUGGUGGUGGGAAAAACUAUGUCUGUAUUUCCGGAGAGAGCAUACCUCAUGCACCUCUCAGUGACAAAGAAAAACAGAACAGAAUGCAUAAUGAAAGGUAUCCACAUCACAAAAAAUAUGUAAAAACAAUUGACAAUCCUCACAAUGAAGAAACUGAAGGUUGGUAUUCAAGCCGGCCCCAGGUCUCUCCGGCAGGUGAGCAUGCAGAAGGCGAAGUGUUAGAAAGACCAGACAAUAGUCGGGACCUCACUACUUUUGAGGACCGCAAGGUAGUCCAAUUUGAUUUUGGUAAGGAACCUACUGAGGAGGACACUCCCUCUCAUUCCGGUGACACUAGGAAGGAAUGCCUUCGAAUUUUCACAGAGUUCACAGAAAGUGAAGCUUGUAAGGGAGAGACUACUAAACAGGCUUCAGGAAAGCAAACGGGAUUAGAUAAGUUGUAUUAUCAAAACCUUUCUGGACCCAAAAAGAGAAUUGCACACAUUGCCAAGUUCAAUGUUCCAACCAGUAAAGACAUCCUUAGCCCAUUCAGGGAGCCAGUGGCACCACUGAUGAGUCGCCCUGGCAUCCUUCGUGCCCAGCAACAGGCAGCACAGAUCACGGCUGACAUAAAGAGUGGGCAGGCUUUUGUUGCUGCCACUUCAGAACAAAAGAAAACUACAUUUGCAUGUCCAGUCUCUCAGACCCAAAGGAGAGUCUCAGGAGAAAAUUCACUUACAUCAACCAAGCUUCAUCAGGAUGUAUUUCUAUCAAGGGAAAAGCCAAAUGCAAAACCAAGCAGAUCACACAUUCCUGUGAAAAGUGUUGCUGCUUUUCCUGUAAAGAUGCCGAAAUACAAAGUGGCUCAUCGGAAGCGGGCUUUAGUCACAUCAGAAUCCUCUGUCAAAGUCCCUGAGGAAGUAAGACAACGCUAUGUCAACCUCUUUGUUGAGAAGUAUUUGACAGUUUAUAAAACAGAGGAUGAGGCUGUUAACAAGGCUAAAAUAGAAGAAAAGGCCAUUUAUGAACGCUGUGGCAGUAGAAAUAUGUAUGUGAACAUAGCGAUAAAUACUCUUAAGAAACUGAGAGAUCAAGGUGUCCCUGGAAGCAAUAACAACGAUAAAACAACUGGAUUGAAAAAGAAUGAAAAGAAAAGUGCACUCACAGGAAUUGUUCUCUACAGACAUCUGCAAGACUACCUUCUAACGGAAGAACAGUUACAUGAAAAUGACUAUCCACAACCCAGCCCUGAAAAACCAGGAAGUAUUCUUUUAAACCCGGGCAUGACCAAAGCUCUUCUAAAUGACACUUCUAGGAAGAUCUGUUGUCGUUGUGGGAAAAUAUAUGGUGUGACUCCCACAGGCAAACACAGUAGGGUAGAAGAAUGCUACUACCACUUUGGCCGAGUGCUGACUCAGAAAGUCCUCGGUGGCUCAGAAACACGGUACAGCUGUUGUGAAGGUGUCCUUGGCUCUGCCGGGUGUCAGGUCGCCAAGGUAGGUCUUGUCACCCAGACCGCUGCUUGUUUCAGAACCAGACUUGCUGCCUCCAGAGAUGUGAAAGAAUUUGAAAGGCUUCACGUUCAUGACCAAAAGGAAAACCUAGAGGGCUUUGUGAAGACUUUUGUCAAGUCCCCGCCCCCCGACGGCAAUCAUGGUGUAUUUGCUGUGAACUGUGAGGUGGGCUACACAGCCAAAGGUUUGGAACUUACGCAAGUGACGGUGGUUGAUCCCAGCCUUCAGGUGGUCUAUGCUACAUUUGUGAAACCAGAUGAAGAAGUAAUUGACUAUAACACUAGGUUUUCUGGUGUGGUCGAAGAGGACCUGAAGAACAUUAAAACUUCAAUCCGUGAUGUCCAAGCCAUCCUGUUGAACCUGUUCAGUGCUGACACUGUCUUAAUUGGACACAGCUUUGAAAACAGUCUUUAUGCUCUUAAGUUAAUUCACACUUCAGUUGUGGACACAACAGUUCUGUUUCCUCAUCGACUAGGCUUGCCUCACAAAAGAUCCCUUAAAAGUCUGGUGGCUGACUACCUACAGAGGAUUAUUCAGGAUGAUGGUCACAAUUCAAUUGACAAUGCAACUGCCUGCAUGGAACUGGUCCUCUGGAAGGUAAAAGAAGACCUGAAAGGAAGGAAGUAAUCAUUUUGUCUGACAAGAUCUGCAAUCCCUGCCUUGCUGUGUCAGUGACCCCUCUGGCCUCUGCUGCCGCCAGUAGAGUUUGGUCUAUGAUGGCAUGAAGU